UGUGUGACUGGUGUGUUAUUGAUUACAUAACCGAGUGUUUUAAUGUGUUCUGUUGAGCUGAAUCCAGCUCGAGUGAUAUUUCCAAAAAUGCUUUUAAAAUUUGUUUUAAACGUGACAUGUUCAUGUGUGGAUGCAAACUUUCUGUGCUCUCGUGCGUGCCGCAGUAACGAGACAGUUGUGUAAUGGAUCAGCUUCAUCUACUUAUGAGACGGGUUUAGCGUCAGAGACGGUCAUUCACAGAGUACUUGUUCUUUUUUUAUUCCCUUCAGCUGUAAAUGUCAUUUUUCUGAAAAGGAAAAAGUUCUUCAUCAUACUUCAUUCACCAAAGAGCUGGAUUACAUGUCUUGUGAGACAGAUUAGGCCUGUGUGAGACCACCGCGUCCUGCUCACCUCUGAGUCUGAAUGUCAAAUAAAUUAGGAAGAACAGCUUUCCCCAUCUCAGGCGCAAACCAUCUGGCUAGGAUUUCUUUGGGAAGGCCACCUUUCUAUCUCAGGACCCAUUCUGUUAGCGACUUUAGCCGGUUACUAGUAUAAAAGGAUGCCUGGAGCCAGCAGUGUCAGUGGGGAGGGCUCUUGUGAAGCUCUGUGUCGGACCCUGGUGUCUCAGAACGGCCUCCAGAGAGAGACGACCGACAUCUCCCAGUCUGUCCUCUACACAUCGCUGAUGGGCCUGCUUCUGGUCGCUGACAAUGAGAAGGAGCAGCUCACCUUAGGAAGAGGCAGGACUGGCCUUAGAAACGUAGGAAACACUUGUUUUCUAAAUGCAGUUGUCCAGUGUUUGUCUCACACAUGUGGCCUGCGGGGCUACUGCCUGCUCAGAUCUUACAAGCACGAGAAGUUCUCCAAAGAGGAAGCUAAACUGAUGGAAGCUUUCUCUAAGGUGCUGUCGGGCCUUUGGGAUGUAAAUGAAGGAGACAAAGUUGUAAAUCCUAGACAGUUUUACAAUGUAUUCACAGAAGCAGUGCCUUACUUCAAUGGUUACAGUCAACAGGAUGCUCAGGAGUUCCUCAGGUUCCUACUCAACAAGCUGCAUACCGAAAUAAAUCGCAGACCAUACGUUAGACGAGCCGGGAAGGAGCCCGAACAAAAAUUUGCUAGGUUUCGAAUAUCUGAGGAGGCGGCUGUCAUGUGGAAGAAGCACUUGGAGAGAGAUGACAGCAUAAUUGUUGAUCUGUUCUCAGGCCAGCUGCGGAGCUCACUGCAUUGCUCAGUCUGCUCUCACUACUCCAACACGUUUGAUGUGUUCUGCGAUUUGUCACUGCCCAUCCCCAAGAGGAGUUCUACUGGGGAGGUCACGCUCAGGGAGUGUCUGGACCUCUUCUCUCAGGAGGAGAAACUGGACAAGGAGAAUUCGCCAAUGUGCGAGAGGUGUAACAGGCGUACAGAGUGCACCAAGCGGCUGUCUAUCCAGAGGUUUCCCCAGGUUAUAGUGAUCCAUCUGAACCGUUUCACGACGUCAAGGUGGUCCAUCAGUAAAAGCACUAUAUAUGUGUCCUUCCCACUCACCAACCUGGACCUUGGACCAUACGGACCUGUCGACUGUGGCUCAGUUCUGUAUGAUUUAUAUGCAAUAUGUAACCAUGCUGGGACAGUAAACAUGGGACAUUACACAGCCUGCUGCUUAGAUGAAAAUGGCUGGUGCUUCUACAAUGAUUCCAGUGUGACUCCACUCACAGAGAACCAGCUUCAGACCAAUCAAGCCUAUGUGCUGUUCUACCAGCGCAGCAACAGCACCGCCACCGUCAGGAAAUAGACUGGCUGCCAAGCAGCCAAUCAGAGCAACUUUACCUCCAGUGUCCAUAGAAACAAAUAGACAGCAGUAUUGUGCUCUGACAUCGGCAAACUUCUCAUACUCGAUGAGCUUACCCUCAAAUGAACUGAGGAGGAGGAGAGCAGCCAUGCUCAGUCUAACAGGGCUUGAAGACAUGGUCCUCCCCCUAAAAACCGUAGAGAUGCUUUUCAAGUGUCUCACUAAGACAGCUCAGACAGACCAUAGCCUUAAGAGUCUCUGUGCCCUAGUUCUCAGGCAUGAGCGAGUGACGUGCUUAGAAUGAUGCAGAGCUCUUAAUGUAAUACAAUCACGACUCAUGCUUGUUAUGAUAUUGUGCAAAAAAUUGUUUGAGUUGGGACAUACAAAUAUAUGCAAAAGACUUGUUCCCUUGGGUGAAAUUACAGUUUGUGGAUUUUUGUAAGUGAAAAUACAUAAAUAAAAGCCCUGCAGAAAUCUCUAAAUAAAAUGAACCUUUUUCAAA